GACAAAGGGGGCACAGGUUGGAUGGGCCGCAGGAAUGGGGGUGUUUCAUUAAUAAUUUUAUUAUUAGUGUUGUUGUUGAUGUUAUUAAUAGCUCAGACUUGUGGAAGAAAAGAUUUGAUACAUGGCACUGACAGUUUCAUCAAAUGCAAAGUAUUUAUUCAAUUUCUCUCUGUCUGAUAAUGUGUGUGUGUGUGUGUGUGUGUGUGUGAGAGAGAGAGAGAGAGAGAGAGAAAUUCCAGGAUACCUUUUCAUUGGUUGUUGUGUUGCAUUUUACCCAGAUACAAUACUGCUAUUUUCUGAUUGGCUAUUGUGUAGACCCUUUCUUUUUUUUGAUUGGCUGGUAAGUGACAGGCUGUAGGACUCAAGCGGAGACGCGCUUGUUUCAUAGUGAAGCGCUACUGUUCCGCGGUCUGACAAAAAUUCUGCGCUGCGGCAUAUUAUCCUAUAAUUUUUCCACGUGAGAAAUACAAUGUGUGGCGGGAGUGCGUGACAAAAGACUGAAAAGAGUGACUGUUACGCUCAAUGCGUAACACUUGAGAGCCCUGCUAGGGGACUGAAUGAAAUUCUUAAUGUGGUGAUUAAAGCGCCAAAAAUGCAUUACAAAAAUUCAACAGCAACGUCUCUGUUACCAAGACUCAUGAACCGGUUACUCCGGUAAUUCACAGAUUUUGUAGUAAACAGUUUAAUAUAGGAACUACUUUUGUUCCCUACCAAACGUUACACAAUAAUGGUAUCACUGCGACGAAGAUGUCGCCUGGGCGCUCGUAUCUCGUGCACAUUUGUUUCGAUUGAUGUGUGGAAUAUGUACUUUAAAAUCGCAGGUAUAGGCUGUAGUAGUACAUAUACAUAUCGGAAUUGGCACGGAAAGGCAGCAUGUCACGACUGACCGAAAAUUAAGACAGAACACUCAGUAGCAACAUGCAAUCAACAUUACCCCGCACUAAGGGCAGAUGGGCUUAUAAAGUAAAUAACAGGUGGGACCAAUCAGAGUUGAUAAUUGUCUCUCGCCAACAGAUGAUUGGCUGAGUGAACUGUCAGUUAAUUUAUAUGGCACAUUGCAUAAUGUACAAAAGCACCCUGCACAGCCUUGCUCUCGUCAGUGAUGGAGCUCAGCUGAAGAGAGUGAUGUGAAGAAGGUACUUAUUGGUGAAUAAGAUUGACAGGAUCACGCAACUGAACACAUUUCUUUCCUCGGCAGUCUUCAUUUGAUAACAAGGCCCUAACUCUUAGCAGGACAGCAAUGACUGGCACCGUGUGGCACAAAGCCCUGUGGGAACUGACGGCCUUGUUGCUGUUAGCAGAAUUCUCCAACUGUGAGUUCCCUGUUAAAACAGCCUAUCCUCCAACUGACUUGGAAAUAAUGGACCCUGGACGACUGGGUCAGCUUCACAUUAACUGGACCGUGCCGGCAAUCCUGCGCAAUGUCACUGACUGCUUUGUUCGUUUUCAGCUUGAAUACAACAAUACCUAUGAGAACAGGUCGCGGAUUGUCAGGAUCAGAGAGAGGAGCUACAGUGCCCAGUUCGACCUGGAGAAGGAUAAUCAUGUGAAGGUCCAGAUUCUCGUUAGCGGGCCUUGCGUAAACAGCUCCAUGGAGGUCCAAAGCCCCCCCGUUGAAGCUGUACUGAAUGCCCAGCGAAAAGGAAUCCCGGGCUCCAAGAUAAAUUACUCCAAUUGUGUUUUCUACAACUGGGAAUAUAUGGAGUGCAUUUGGGAUAAAGGAAAAGUACAACAUCCAGAUUACCAGUACCGCCUAUACUACUGGCAUAAGGGAAUGGAACAAGCUGAGGAGUGCCCUCAAUAUAUUGCAUCAGAGGGAAACAAGAUUGGCUGCAGGUUCAACAGACGGUUCCUCAUGGAUUUCACAGAAUUUAAUAUCUGUAUAAAUGGUUCUACAGAAGGGCAUCCUCUGCAGCCGGCCUAUUUUACGAAGCAGAUACAGAAUCUUGUGAAGCCAAGUGCUAUUACAACUCUAUCUUUGGAGUCAUUGUCCAAUGGACAGCUCAGUUUGAAGUGGUCACCAUCUGUUGGGAGGAUCCCGCAUCAAUGUUUGGAAUUUGAGGUGGAAUCUGGUCCAGUGGGAGAUGGAGAACUGAUGCAGAAGUACAUCACUAGAGAGUCAUCCAUUCUCAUCUCCAGACUGCAUGGACAUAUGCGCGUCUGCCUAAGAGUCAGAUGCAGGGUGAACCAUUUUUGUGCUGACUCACACUUCUGGAGCGACUGGAGCUCUUCACUUUGUUUACCAGCUGAGCCCAGAUUGCCCUACAUCCUGGAAAGUGGCUCUAGUGAUGGCCUAGAGUCUGAUGGAGUCACAGACUUGAUGCAGGUAUCAGGGCUGGCAUCAGGACAAUCUACAGCUUACUAAAGGCCAAGGCCAGAGAAGGUAAUGAAGAAAAGAAUGACUGAAGGAAGGAAGGAAUUAAUACCUCAUGUGAAACAUUCACUGUUUUUCACUGUUAUUCACUAUAUAUUUUUUCUUUUUACUUAUGACACAAGGUGAUGUUCUGAAACAUUUUGAAAGACAGCAGCCAUAAAUAACAGCAGGUAUGGGCUCUGGUGUGAAAAACACAAGUGCUGUAAUUGACUAAUUUGUUUUAGGAACAUUAUGCUCUACUUAUAAUAAUAAUAAUAAUAAUUAAUAAUAAUAAUAAUAAUAAUAAUAAUAAUAAUAAUAAUAAUGACACAUUAUUGAUCCCUGUGAGAAAAUUCUCUUAUCACGUACUGCACUUGCUUUCCAUGAUACCUAUAUAUGUAGGGGAAAGCAAGCUUGGCAGUGAAGGGCAGGCACCUGCAACAGCGCCCAUUAUUAUUAUUUAAGUGGCUAUGCCCAUUCACUCUAACACUACUGAUUUGGUAACAACUUAAAUGGCCAUAAGAUUGACACAUGAAUCGGUGACAAUAAAAUAACCCCUUUCAGUUUCUGGAGUGACAAGAGGAAAAACAAGAGGGUAUAAGAUAAUCAUUUUGCUUAUGUUGCUGAACAUUUGAAAGGUUUGUUGACACUCAAUUAAUUCCCUACAGAGAGGAGAUGUCUCUAAACUUAUGUUUAAUUAAGCUUGAUAAUGAUAACUACAUUACAAUUAUCCAUCAACUGCAUAUCCUGGUCAGGAUCACGUGGGGGCUGAAACCUAUCCUAGGCAAAACUGGACACAGUGGUUCACAGGAUCCAGCUGCACAGGAUGUCGGUCCAUUGAACAUUAUUCUUGCCUAAACAGUAAUCUGUAACAAUGAGAAUACAGAAUGAAUUGUGGAUGUUUUUGGCGGUAACGAAAGAGGUAACAUGGCGCCAUCUUGUGGAAGUACUAAAUAUGAACGAUCCCAGACUGCUGGGGAGAAUGAUAAUUGUGCCUUACUUGCCUACGUGGAUAUUUAAUAUACAAGACUGGGUGAAAUUUUAUCUAAUGUUAAUGAACAAAUAUUAGAAGGGUGCCUCAGUUCUCACAUAGGUAAACUUCUUCCAAACCCACAUGUCUCAUCUGAACUGAUGGGUUUAAUCAGCGCUAGCAGUAGUGUGAGUUGACGUUGCUUGUUCUUUUCUAGAUAAAGUGGAUACCGCUUAUAGUGAUCCGGUUAUAGUGAUCAACUACUUAAAUGGCUCAAAAAGCUUGGGACAGAAUCAUUCCUUUACGAAUACUGGUUAAGUAAUUCGCUUAAAGUAAUGUAGUCCGCUUACAUUGUUCAUUUUUGGUCUUUUCAUACAUAACAUAUGGGGGAAAAAAAUAAUUACGAUAAUUCUUCCUCUUUUCUUUUACUUGCCUACUUAGCCUUGCCUUAACCUGUCUCCUUUUGGCUAGCUACCCGAGGCAAAUGCUGUGUGCAUAGAAAACAUGACUGGAAAAAGAAAGUCAUUUUCUCUCAGUUACGAAUAUAAACUCAUCAAAGCUUAUGAUAAACUCACGAAAAAUGAGCCACUGAGAUGCAGCAGUGAAACUACAAUUAGCUAUAAUUUAUGUACAAUAUUGUACUGCAUUAUAGCAUAUUUGAAUUACACAUAGUUCAGUAAUUUAACUAGUACAGUACUGUAAUUUUAAAAACAUUUGAAACAGCUGUACUGUGCUGUCCGUUUUAUUACCUUAUAUUCAUGUAAUAAAUAUACAAAUGCAAUUAGAUGGUAAUCUGCCUGAGACAUAAGGGGAAAAUUCUUAUAAUGAUCAUUCACAUAUAGUGAUCAACAUCACCCAGAGAGACGUGAUCACUCUAUGCGGUUUCCACUGUAUUGUAUAUCAUAUUCCAUCUCACUCACUUAAGCUUGAGACCAGUAAAAUUUGAUGCACUUCACCUCUUUACAUAUGGCAGCUUUUUGUCGUAGGAUCACUAACUUUGUACAAAUUUUUCUGGAAGAUGUCUGCUGUAUUUCACGGUUCAUGAUAUGACUGGGAAAUGGUUGUGUUCUGUCCGACAGUCAAAAGUUUGUUUCAAUGCAGGAUUUUGAAUAUCAAUUUCCUUUUAGGAUCAGUGAUGUAGAAUAUUAUAUUUAUUUUGCAAUAAAUCAUAUUUUAUGCUUUAAAACCCAUCAGUGCUUGUUUUGAGCUCAAGAAUAUGCAGUAAAUCAGAGAAUUAAAACUUGCAUUUCUUAACAA